CUGAGGGAGGGAGCGAGAUAGAAAAAACAGGGAGUGUGAGAGACUGGAGAGAGGAGUUGAGUUCUCACAGUGUUUUUGACAGCGGUUUGGAGCACUAGGGAUAUCACUGGGACAUUAGAGAAGAGGCUACAACACAACAGGGUCCAUAAGGAGCACAUGUGGAAGGUGGCCGAGCUACAGCUGUGUUUGUCAGACCAUGAGACAUCUCCAAAAUUGGUCUUCCAACAAAACGUCUGUAGCUUCCGAACGGUUUGGCUUACACUGUAUGGAAAUAUGAGACUCUUACAAACACUAUCAGGAAUCAAGGUAGGCCAGUUGAGAACAAGUUCUCAUUUACAUCUGUGACCUGGCCAAGAUAAAGCAAAGCAGUGCGACAAAAACAACAACACAGAGUUACACGCGCUCCAGCAGGUGUAUCUCACUGACCAUCCCUGAAGCCAACACCUCAUUUGGCCGCCUUUCCUUCCAGUUCUCUGCUGCCUGUGACUGGAACGAAUUGCAAAAAUCGCUGAAGUUGGAGACUACCUUGUAUCUACCUCACCAACUUUAAACAUCUGCUUUCUGAGCAGCUAACCGAUCGCUGCAGCUGUACAUAGUCCAUCGGCUGUACCAGUGAAGCUGUCCCUGGAUGCUUUGCUGCAGAUGUCCAGUUGUCAGGUGCAGGACACCAUGAGACAGCUGGGCUCUGAACCAGAGGAGUGCUCCCGACUCACUGCUGCCCUCUCCUGCCUAAAGAGUGCCAGUGGGGACAUCAGAGAAGACCCAGGAACCUGGAUAUCAGAGCCGCCCCGCCGUGACAGUAACACCUUACCUCCUCCGGACCGUCGCCCCUCCACCCCCGCCACACUACCCCGUGGCUCCAUCCUCAGUCCGCAUACCCACGCCCGUUCUGUCUCUGUGACUGUCGUACCCUGUGUGGACGAUAAGGGGCAUCAAGUCUACACAGGAGGCAUGUCGGACGCUUUCCCCUCCUCGCCACUGCUCUUCUCCAAUUCCCCUCCCUCCAUGAGACACGCCAAGCACCCUCCACGCAUGUCCCCCUCCCGAAAAUUGCUGCAACUCCCCUUCAAUAUCACCCUCACACGCAGCAAGAGCCACGAGUCACAGCUGGCCAACCGCAUAGAAGAGCCAGUGCCCAACAACGAGGGUGGGAAGAAGAACAAGCUGCUCCUGAAUGUGCACAUUAACAGUAGCAGUGGGAAUGGGUGUGAAGACUCCACCCGGACCCCUGGCCCAGCCACCGCCCCCUACACCCUCCCAGGAACCCCUACGCUGCUGGAGCAUAACCUAGCAUUGCACCGGGGGUCUCCACAGAUGAUGAGGAGGGAUAUCGGCCUCUCUGUAACACACAGGUUUUCAACCAAAUCCUGGCUCUCACAGACAUGCCAGGUGUGUCAGAAGAACAUGAUGUUUGGUGUUAAAUGCAAACACUGCAAGUUAAAGUGCCAUAACAAAUGUACCAAAGAAGCCCUUCCCUGCAGGAUAUCUUUUCUCCCACUCCCGCAAAUCCGCCGGGCAGAAUCCGUACCGUCAGAUAUCAAUAAUCAAAUUGACCGUACGGCAGAGUUACCAAUCCAGUUUGGCACUUUACCUAAGGUGCUAACCAAAAAGGACAACCCUCCCAUGCUGAGCCAGAUGGAUUCCAGCAGUAACCCUUCCUCCACCACUUCCUCUACGCCCUCCUCGCCCACCCCCUUCCAGCAGAGCAACCCCCCCAGCAUCAACGCCACACCGCCCCCCAACUCCUCGCCCGGCCCCCAAGGGCCCCGAGACAGCCGCUUCCACUUCCCAGCUGGCUGUUAUUUACAACCUAGACAACAGUUUAUUUUCCCUGAUGUUUCCUCUUCAACAUAUCCUGUUGGACUACACUCUGAAGGCUACAAUGACACUGGAGACACACAGCAACUGGCACAAUCAGAACCUCCAUGUCAAGGACAGGAAUGUGGAGCGGAAGAGGAGGAAUACCCAGGGGAUGAGGGAAACGGUAGCAAGGAGGGCAGAGAGAAGGGCCACUCAAACGGAGAGUGUGAUGGUGAUGAGAUAGAGGACCUGCCCAGCUACCGGGGCCGACUGGCCGGUGGCCAAUGGAGGGGGCCUAUCUCCCGUAAGGCCAGCCAGACCAGCGUAUAUCUGCAGGAGUGGGACAUCCCCUAUGAGCAACUGGAGCUGGGGGAGCUCAUUGGCAAGGGCCGUUGGGGGAAGGUUCAUAAGGGGCGCUGGCAUGGAGAGGUGGCCAUUCGGCUGCUGGAGAUAGAUGGUAAUAACCAGGACCACCUGAAGCUGUUUAAGAAGGAAGUGAUGAACUACAGACAGACCCGCCACGAGAACGUGGUCCUCUUCAUGGGGGCCUGCAUGGCCCCGCCACACCUCGCCAUCAUCACCAGUUUCUGCAAAGGUCGGACACUAUUCUCUGUUGUAAGAGAUGCAAAGAACACGCUAGACAUCAACAAGACAAGGCAGAUCGCUCAGGAAAUUGUUAAGGGUAUGGGCUACCUUCACGCUAAAGGAAUCGUUCACAAGGACCUGAAGUCCAAGAAUGUGUUCUAUGACACAAACAAAGUGGUAAUCACUGACUUUGGCCUUUUUGGAAUGUCCGGAGUGGUACAAGAGUACCACAAGAGGCAAGAGAACGAGCUGAGGCUCCCUCAUGGCUGGAUCUACUACCUGGCCCCUGAGAUCGUCCGCAGGAUGGGCACUGGGAACCAUGAGGACCGCCUGCCUUUCUCCAAUGCUGCAGACGUCUAUGCCUUUGGCACCAUUUGGUAUGAGCUGCAGGCCCGGGGCUGGCCACUCACCAACCAGCCGGCAGAGGCCACCAUCUGGCAGGUGGGCAGUGGAGAGGGCAUAAAGAAGGUCUUGGCAAAGGUCAGCCUGGGCAAGGAGGUUACGGAGAUACUGUCUGCCUGUUGGUCCUUCAAGCUGGAAGAGCGUCCCUCCUUCACCCAGCUGACUGACAUGCUGGAGAAGCUGCCGAAGCUCAACCGCAGGCUUUCCCACCCAGGACACUUCUGGAAGUCAGCCGAGUAUGUAUCCUAAAGACCAGGAUCCCUUUUGAGAUAUACUGAAUAUACUCACUGUAUAUAUCUAUAUAUAUAUAUACAGUGAGGGGGGAAAAGUAUUUGAUCCCCUGCUGAUUUUGUACGUUUGACCACGGACAAAGAAAUGAUCAGUCUAUAAUUUUAAUGGUAGGUUUAUUUGAACAGUGAGAGACAGAAUAACAACAAAAAAAUCCAGAAAAACGCAUGUCAAAAAUGUUACACAUUGAUUUGCAUUUUAAUGAGGGAAAUAAGUAUUAUAUAUAUAUACAGUGCCUUGCGAAAGUAUUCGGCCCCCUUGAACUUUGCGACCUUUUGCCACAUUUCAGGCUUCAAACAU